AUGUAAAUUUUAAGUACAGAAAAUAGUAUUUUAAAAAUUUCAAAUGAUAUUGAUGAUUAUGAGGAUGAAGAAUUAAUAUUAACCAUUUUAAAUAUUAGUUAAGAAGAAUAUUAGAAUACAUUAGUUAAAUUAAAAGGAUAUGGAUCAAAAUAAUUAUGUGCAAAAACUAUUGAAGAAUCAGAAAUGUUUUACUAAUGUUUUGAUUGCUGCAAAGAUCCUAGUCAUGCUAUUUGUAAAGAGUGCCUUAUUCCUGAAAUUCAUAAAAGUUAAUUGAAAAUUAUUAUGUUAGAUCAUGCUGUCUUUUUUGAAUAAAAUCAAUCUGAAAUGCCAGGAUUUUGCGAUUGUGGUGAUACAAUUACUUUUGAUACCAAUUCAAUGUGUUCUAAACAUAAUCAUUGUUACAUAACGUUUAAGAUUGAUCAACUAGGUUGUAAAUAAAAUAAUAGAUAUUAGAUGAUCGAAUUAUUAAAAAUUAUGAAUAAUUUUUAAUGAUUUCUUUUGGAUUAUUAUAGAAGAAAUUAGAAUAAAUAGUUGAUUAUCCUGCUGAUCUAUUAGAAAAUAUAGAAAAUAUAAUAGAAAGUUUUAACAAUGAUAUUUUAAAGAAUAAUUUUAAUUCUAAUAGAGAUCAUUUCUAAUUUAUUAAAAAUUCUAUGAAUUAAGCAAAAUAAAUUCAUAAAUUAAUAUUGAGAUGCUUAGAAAUUAUAACAACUGAUAAUAUUGUCUGGAGUUAAUUAACAGCUAAAAUUUUAAAGUAAGAAAUUAAAUAUUAAAUAAAUGAUUAAGAGAUUGGAUCAACUUCACUUUUGGAAUAUUAUCUUAAAUAAAGUGCACAUUUAGUUGGAUCACUCUAAUUUGAAAAGGAUAUUUCAACAUUUUUUCCUCUUUUUUUUUAAGAGGAUGAAUUUCGAACACAUCUUGUUAAAGUUGUGAUCUAGAACUUUUCAAAAUUGUAUCUUCUCAUUAAUUCCUACAAAUUAAUUAAUAUUAAUAAUGAAGAAUUCUAUUUUUAAAUAUAUAAGGGAAGUAAUGAUUAAAAGUUAGCUGUUUUAAUUGAACAAAUACUUGCAUGUAGCCAAAUAAAAUAAACUAUAUUUGAGAAUAUAAUAAUUAAAAGUACAAUCGCAGAAAAGUUUUAUAGUUUUAUCUCGAGAGGCUACAUUGAAAUUCUAAAGUUAUACUAAAAUAUCAGAAAUCCAAUAUGCUAUAAUCUAUUUGAUGAUAUCUCAGAUCUGCUCUUAAAAAUGUAUAAAAUAAUAAAUAAUUUAGUCCAUUAACAAACUAAACGUCUUUAGAAAUAUCUCAUAGUAUUUGUUAUUUUUUAGAAUUGAUGAGGAAAUGCAAAUCAAGUCUUUAAGGAUUAGUUAAUUAGAUUUAUGAAAUUCUUUCAAUAGAUGUUCACUCCUUUUAAUCUCAAAUAUUCAAUCCAAAUUCAUAAGGGUUUUAGAAAUUAUUAAAUUAAUCUUUAUUGAUUUAUAUAUUAACUAGGAGAAAUCCAUGUGAGCAAAAGAAGAAUUUAAAUUUAGAAUAACAACUAGGUGAAGAGAAUGAAUAAUCACUAAAUUGCUUAUUAAUUCUGUUAUUAUAAAAUUUAUCCUCAUUUAGAUGUGACUUAAAAUCCAUGGUAUUGGCUAUUGGUCAUGUAGGUUCAAAUGAAGUUUAAAACAUAUUUAGAAUAAUCUUACAUUAUUUCCUUAACAGUUUAGUAACUGUAUUCAAUUAAAAAUAUUAAUCUCAACUGCAAUUAAUCAUUUCUAAUAUAGUCUUAAGCGAUAGAAAUUUCAUAACUGUGUUAGCAAUAUACUUAAUGAAUUUUUCAAAUUCUAAAGAAGCUUAUGAUAACAUCCUACAGAUUAGUGGAUAAACAGAUUAAUAGUUAAAAUUAAUUAUGAGUUCUAUCUUAAAAAGAGCCAUUUUAAAUUAUCAGAUUUUUUCAGAUUAUGAUUACUACUUAGGGAAAUAAGACAUUUUAAAGGAAUUAGAUGAUGAAGUAUCUCUUUAAAAGGUUGAUAUAGCUUAUAUCUAAAUUUAUGCUUUUCUAUUUUAAGAAUAGGGAAUCAAUGAUAUUGUUUAGUAUUAUAUUGAAAUCUCAUCUCAUCUUAAUUAAAAUGAAAAUUCUACUUUGUUAAUUUGUACAAUAGCUUAAACUGAUAAUGAUUUAAUAUAAUGUGUUGGAAACAUUUUAGGAAAUUAAUUAACUGUAUAAGUAUAAAAAGGAUUGCAUAAAUUAUUUUAAACAAUAUUUUAUUCUUAAACUUUUUAUUAAUUGAAUGAAAUGAAAAGUAUACUUAAAUCAUUUAGUAAUGAAAAUUAUACAGAUUUUGAAACAUUUAUUUUGAGUUGUUGUGAAAUGAAUUAAGAUAAUGGAUAAUUAUAAUUAAAAAAAGAAGUUAAAUUAUCUAUUUAUGAACCAAUUUAUGCCUAAUAAAAUGAAUAGAUUAAAGAAAAAAUUAAUGAUAAAUUAUAAAUGUAGAAUGAUAAAUAUGUUGAAUUGUUUGGAUCAUCAUUAUAAUAUGAAUUAUAAUAUUAUAAUACAGAUAAAUCAACUCUUACUAAUAUUAGAUAUGAAAUACUUAAAGCAAUAUCACUUGAUAAUUAAUAGUAUUUACUUGAGAGAAUUCUAAAAGAUUUAGAAGAUGUUUUUUAAUAAGAAAUUGAUUUUGAUAUCAGAGUAGAAUAAUCAAUUAAGAUUUUAUAGGACAAUGCAGUAUAUAUUAAUUUGUUAAUUUUAUUGAAUUCAUUUUUUAAGACCUAAAAUAUUAUGAUUAAAAAUAGAUUGGAUAAAAUAUAACAUUAUAGCUAAACAAUUUUAUCAAGUUAAAAAAUAAAUCAUACUUAAGAGUGCUUUUUCUAAGUCUAUUGCUAAAGAUUAGAAAAUUAAAGUAUAAUUUAAAAAUUGGAUGAAAUUGAUCAUUAAAAAUAAUAAUCUAAAUCUGAAAAAAACUAAAUACAUAAAUUAUAAUUACAAUAAAAAUUCAAUUAAAUGAAGAAUAACUUUAAUAGCAAGAUUAUUAUUAAUAAAUAACUCAUAGAAGAUAAUGAUGAAAAAUGUUUAUUAUGUAAAUUACCAUUUGAAAAAGAGGAUCUUUAAUACAUACCAAUAUUAAUUUAAUACACAAAUGUCUAUUAAUAUUUAAAUAUUUUUUAAUUGUAACCUACUUAAGAAAUCAAAAUUUUAUCUGUGCAUGUUUCAAAUUGUAAUCAUAUUUUUCAUUCUGAUUGUUUGAAACAAUAAAUCAAUUCUCUAAACCAAAAGGAUCAAAAAUGUUUUUAAUGCCCUUUAUGCUAUUCUCCUUAUAAUUUUAUGUUACCAAAUUCUUAUAACAUGUAAAAUAUAGAAACUUUAGAUUUUGAAUUUCCAAUGGAUAUUUUCUAAGAAUCAAUUUUUGACAACUUUUUAGAAAUUUUUGUGGAAAAAUUUUCAACUUAGGAAUAUAAUUUUUAUUCAUUUCUCGAUGAAAUUUUAUCCUAAAUAUUAUGUAAUUUAACAUUCUAAUUGUUAAGUGACUUAGAGAAUUUUGUUUUAAAGAAUCAACAUUUUUUUAUAUAAAAAAUUAUAAAUUUGAUGAGAUUGUUAUAUAAAUAGUUGGAUUCUAAUCUAAUUGAAAAAAUUAAAUUAAAUGAAACAGAAAUUUUAUUUCAAAUUUUAAAAUUAAUUUAAACACAUAUGAUAAAAGAGCAGAAUAUUAAUAAUUUUUAGUCUAACCUUUCAAUAUUACUAAAUCAAAAUAUUGAAUUGGCUUAAGCAAUAUUUGAAGUAUUGACAUAAAGAAAAAUCAAUAAAUAUAUUAAUAAUAAAUUAUUACCUUAUGACAUCUAAGUAAUUAAGGAUUUAUUCAAAAAAGAAAGAUUAAAUUUUUUAACAAAUAAUUUUAGUUCAUUUUUAAGUAAGAAUUACUUACUUCCUUGUUAAAAGAAAAAUUGCUAAUUUCCUAAAUUGAAAUUGUAGACUAAAUAUCAAGAAUAAUAUAUUUGCCUUAUAUGUUUCAAAAAAAUGUGUCCAAAAUUUUGCGGAAAAUAUAUACAAGUAAUUAUAAAAUAAUUUAAAUUUAAGGGCGAUCUCGGAAAUUUAUAAAGACACUCUCAGAAAAAACACUUAAGAAAAUGUGUAUUUCUUGGUGUUGAAAAAAGUUAAGUUUUAUUAAUAUUUUCCACUUCUUAUUUUUUUAUAAACAAUACUUUAUUUAUAAAUAAAAUAGGAGAUUCCCCUAUCAAAGGCCCGUAUCCAUUAUAACAUUAUCAGAAAUUUUAAAUAAAUAUGAAAGCUUUAGAUCAAAUAUUUGAUAUAAUUAUGGAUGAGAAGUACUUAAAAAAAUUAGAUGAAAAUUAAGAUAAUGUACAAACACAAGUAAUUUGA